CGAGGGGGGAGGGAGGUAGGACCCACAAGCAAGCAGAGGGUGGCUCGUCGCGGCGCUUGCCCAGGCUCGACUCGGUCCUCAGUGGGUGAAGUUCUCGGCUAAAGAUGGAUGUCGGGGGUGCUUACGGUGGUGGAAAGGCGGGGGCGCCCUUCGACCCCAUCACAUUCGUCCAACGGCCGCAGGUUAUUCUGCGAGCCGUCUGCCUGCUUUUUGCCAUUAUUGUAUUUGGCUGCAUAUCAUCACAAGGUUGGCAAAAGGAGCCUGGUGCAAAGCAAGAACAAUGCCUGUACAACAAGAAUGCUAAUGCUUGUAACUAUGGAGUUGGCAUUGGAGUCAUUGCUUUCCUUGCAUCUGCUGGAUUCUUGGCUGGCGAAUACCUGUUUGAGCAGAUGUCUUCUGUCAAGUCAAGGAAGCACUAUGUAUUGGGUGAUUUAGGAUUCUCAGGAUUCUGGGCUUUCCUCUACUUUAUUGGAUUUUGCUACCUGUCCAAUCAGUGGGGCAAAAGUGAGGAAACUCCGGUUGGAACAAGCAAUAUGCAAGCUGCCAUUGCUUUCUCCUUUUUCUCUAUUUUCUCCUGGGCCGGCUGUGCGUGGUUUGCCUAUCAAAGAUUCCGCCAAGGCUCUGAUGCUGCAUUUGCCCCAAGCUACGAUGCAGAUCCCAAUUCCGUCCCAGGUGGUGCACCAUAUUCUUCCUACCCUGUAGGACCUGAUGCUGAUGGCGGAUAUCAAGAACCUCCAUUUUCUGGCAAUCAAAAUAGAGGACCUGGAGACUUCCAAGCACCUGCAUAUUGAAGUACUGAAAAAGAAGACAUUCUUUGAACCUGAUGCUUGGCUGGCUUUGAAUUCAUCCCCAAACUGAUGUUGAGAACAACAAUUUUGGCAUGAACAUUGACAAAACAAGAAAAAGAAAAAAAAGCAUAUACAUGUAUAUUGAUGAAUAUAGUCAGCCUGCAAGAGGCUUUGCAGCUUACUUAUGUUAAUUCAUUCAUUAUCAAAGAUUGAUAUUGUAGAUUGAUAUUGCAUUCCAGUAGUGUUAUCUGCAAAAAGUCCCAUUGUUUUAGGGUACUCUUUUAUUUUGUGGCCCUUUUGUGUAAAAAGUCACUUUAGUAUCUCAUGGAAGAUCUGAAUUUGUGUAUAGGGUCAUUCUUGCUUUACUUUACAUUUGUAUUCUUGUGUGGUUCCCUUAUUUUUCUGUUAGGAAAACUAACAAAGCAGUGACAUGAGUUUGUAGAAAUUAUGUUUUAAUUUUGAACAUAUAAUAUGGAUACCAUUUUGAAUUGGCGUAUCUCGUAGAUUCCCUUAUAUUGCUGUGAAAACAGGCAUUCUAUUCAGAGAUAAAGCCUCAAGGGCCUCAAUAUAUUUGUUGAUGAAAUGAAUCUAGCACCGGACAUGGAUGUUGUUUUGUACAUACGGUAGAGGAUAGUGUGAAAGUCAUCAUUCGUGUGAUGUAGUAUACUCUGUGAGCUGUACCAGGUAUAUAGCUUGCAUUGUACUGUUCAGCAAAUAAUAUUGUGUUCCAUCUUCUCUUUGUGAGGCUUUUUCUACCUAUUCUUCUUGACCUUAAAUUCCAAUCCUAAGAAGCUUUUCAAGGUCAAUAUGGAAUUUUAAUAAUUACCUUUGAGAGUUAUCAGUACUUACUAGAUCUAAAUUUCUCAAAGAAAUAGUUUCCCCUCCCUCCACACCCCUUUAAAUGUAGUCGUUAAAUCCUUUUAAAAUUGCAGUAAUGCUUCAAAUAGGUAUGCAAACCUUUUCUGUGUAUAUGAGUGACCUUUUGAUGCCUUUACUUUUUUACUCUAUGGGGAAAGUUAUUCUUUCUUCCAAUUAAAAUCUUGCAUUUCCUCGCAUGUGCAUGAGAGCACGUACGUGAGCUUUACUGAAACUAAAUGCUAACAAGUUUUGCUCAUUCAUUCCCUGUUAAUUGCACCUGUUAACUCACCUGUACCAUAUCUUAGACCUUGAUGUUUCAAAUGUGUUUUACUUGUUCAUGUUCCAUGGCAAUAUAUACUUUGUACUUACUUGUGAAGUUAGGAGAUUUAAUGUGUAAAAAUUUAUCUAUGUCUUGUCCUUACCAAGUGUGUUGGUAAUGAUGAUUCAUGACAAACCAAGCACCUAGUCUGGCAAGCAGUAUUUUACUGUUGUUUAAGAAAAUGGUAAUUUUAUGAUUGUUAUGAAUUUUCGUAGGGAUGUAUAGUUUUAUCAAAGGCACAAAGUAUUUAGUUGUAACUUUAUGAACAAACCCUUGCUAUCUUUCCAUUCUCACUGGUUUUUCCCAAAACCAGUAAUUGUGAUGGGUUUUGAUCAAGUGAUGAAAUGCUUGCUUAAGAUCAUGUCUUGCGUUGAAGGAAAAGUUACCUCUUAGGUGAUUUCUUAAAUAUACAACCGCCAAUAAAGGCCUUCUGUGUAGAUCUUUCCUUGUUUUCCCUCUCUUAUUUUUCUUUUUUUGAGUGUGUGUAUUGGUCUUAAUAUCAGCCAGGUACAUUUGCAUGUGGUGCCCCUGAGCUACUUAAAAUUCAUGCUCUUCAUCCAACUUUUGAAGCUUAGAUCCCUGUGAGUUUAUUGUGAUACUGGCUAAAAGAUUUUACUUUUACAGAAAGAUUGGCAAAUUAGCAUAUAUUUGUGUGUUAGAGUUGCGCAUAUGCGCAUGAGUAAAUGUGUUUAUUUUACAGGGCUGGCAAGAUGCAUCUAUAAUUUUUUGCUUUGACAUUUUGUUGUUAAGUAAUUUGGGGCCAAAGAGGAUUGAGCUAUCAUGUAGAGAAUGUGUUUGUUUUCUGGACAGAUUGAUUCGCAAAAUGCAUCUGGACAACUUUUUCUGAAUUGAUCAUGAGUAGGAAUCUUACCAUUCUUAUAUGAAAAAUCUGUGAUCUCAAUUGUAUUCUCUGCUCUAGCCUCUUGACAUCCAUGACUCAAAUUCCCAGAAUGGAAUCAUGUCUAGUUGAGUGAUGGAAUGGGCCAGUCUUACCUCAGCCAUUUGGUCGAUCUCAACUCCUCUAAGCAACUUUUGAAGUCUAAAUUCUUGGGUUUGUUGCUGGCUAUUUUUCCCUAAUGUAGAUAAGGCCACAGCCAAGAUCAUUACAAAGUAAUUGAUUUCGUUAUUAAGCUAUGAUGCUACAAAUACUUCUGAGUUUGCUUGUAGAAAUGGUAAUGACAAUACUAACAAUACUUUAGCAUGGCAGAUGCAUAUUGUGGAAACUUACUUUCCAGAGCUCUAAAGUACAGGACUUGUUUGAGGCCUAGUAUUUGUUGUGCUUUAGACUUUGAAUUUUAAAUGCUGACAGUGUGAGCCAGUUUUAGCUGUUGUGUGGUUGUCCUUGAAAGUUUGACUUCAUAGGGAGAUACUACUGAAAUAAACCUUAACAGGGGCUAGUGCUGUCUAAUUCUGUUCAAAAACGAAGGAAUGUGCAUCUAUUUCAAGUCAAAUAGGUUGGAGCCUUGGAUACCAAAGAAAUAAUGUGAAGAUUCAAGUCUUCAUCAUUAUGUUAUUGCCAUUUCAUGUGUGAUUUCCAUGCUUGUUUGACUGCCAUGUAUAUCAAAUAGCUAAGUUUGAAAUUAGUAUUGUGUACAUAAUUUGUGUUUCCUCUUUCUAAGAGACCACUUAACUAAUUUAUUUUAGAUCGUUUAAAAAAAAAAGAGACCUCAUCAAGGUGUAAUACAGUUUAAUGGUCUUGUCUCCUCAUUGAAGUAGCUCCAGUUCUAAAGAAAAUAAUUAUGUGUGUGGCAUCGAACGUGUCCAGGUGUUCCAAUUUUGUCUGCACGCUAUUAUAUACUACUCAGCAGUGGCUGUUGUUAUUUUUUAAAAAGUGAAGGAAAAACUUAGCAAUCAGCCCUUUGGUUGGAGUUUCAAUGGGGACGAUGUGACGCCAGAGAAGUGUUCUUGCUUCACUAAUUAACACUUGCUCCCAUCUUUGAAAAAAAUUAUCUUCCCAUAAUUAUUUUAGUUAUGUUUUAACUGUGUCAAAAAUCACAGUAUUUUGAAAAGAAACAAACAUGGAAUUUUCCAGCUCCUCUUAAGAAAGAUUGAGACAACUUUAAUCAUGUGACUAGAGCUCUAGUCUAAUGCUUAAAUCUGUUUAAAUUUCACAUAUUUUCAUUAGAAGACCACAAGAUUCACCCUCCAGUUCUCAAACUCUGCUGCUUGGUGGUGUCUAGUCUUGGCUUGAAAACUGUUGUUACAUUUAGAAUGCUGUAAGUUAUGUGUUUUGACUGUAGAAAAUGUAUAUUGGAACAUAACUUUUGACUGUCAAUAAACAUUGUGGGGAAAUAA